AAUGGACUAUAGCUACCCAUUCUGUACUGGGCAGCUACCAUAUUUCUAAUGCCAGGCACUGAGAGCCACCGGGUGGCAUCUCGGGUGGAGUGCUUCCAGUCCGAUGGAAUUUAACAGUGAUAAGACAGCUCUCUGAAACUGAACCUAUCCCGCCCCCUCCCUGGACCUCAUCCCAGUUCACUAUCCAGGCAGGGGGAUGGGAGUGGCUACUUUGUGCGAUACAGUACUGGUUUCCCUCCCCAGCGAUCAAGCAGAGCUACAAUCAGGAUGCAAUGACGACAGACGAACUGGAACAUCAACCAAGUUGGAAUGGACCGGGCGUGAAAAGAGAGGCUGAGAAGAGCCCACAUUAAACAGCAAGUGUGCAAAGCUCACAGCAAGAGAGCUUGGCCAAUUCAGAAGAGUGAGCCCAGGGCCCAUCUCUGCAGUCAGAACUGCUGCACUUGCAGGUUCCAGUACCCAGAUGUCAGCCAUCCACUCUAAUGGACCCACUAGGACUGAAGGAACAAACACAAUAUCCAAAACGGACACAGUGCCCUCUGCAAAAGUCACUCCACAAACAGAGCUCCCUCCUCCACCUAUCACCAGUGACACGUCUUCACCUUUCCAGCAGGGGAAGGUUCCCCUCUGCCAUGCUUACUACACCAAUGGCUGUGGAGUUGCUCAGCCUUCAGUGAGGACGCAGCAACCACGUUGCUCAAAGACCCAGCGCAUUGGAUCCACCACCUCUGUCUGCACCACCAACAGCAAGAAGAGCUGCAAAUCUACAGCUUCUCAGAUUCAAGAGGUGGCCGGGGAUGAGCUGUGUGCCACCCUCCUCUUGGCCUGUCUCUUCUGCCGUUUUUCUGACCUUCUCCCUCUUCUGACGGGUCCCUUCUGCUGCCCCUCCUGCUUCCCACUGCCAGCCUGCAACUCUAGGCUUCUUGGGCUUUGCUCUGACCCGCAGGGCUGUUGCUGCUGUUGCUGCAGGCCUGAUGGGCCAGGCCUGGAGUUAUGCUACCAGACAGAUCGCUGUGCCCAUUGUGCCCUGGCCUGCCUCUUCUGUGAGUUCCUGUCCCUCUGCUCCCUUGCCCUGGAGUGUGGGGGCUGUGGGGGCUGCCUGGAGGCCUGCUGCGCUGGGGGCAGAGGGGAGUCAGGCUGCUGUUGUGGGGAAGCAGCCGAUGGAGGGCAUUGCCCCUGUGGAUUGGGCUGUGGGAUGCUUCAAGAUUGCUGUGACUCAUCUGACUGCUUGGAGAUCUGCCUGGAGUGCUGUUCAAUCUGCUUCCCAGCCUGACUUCAAGGCCUGGGUUACAAGACCCAUAACCUCUUCAAGAGAUGGCAUUAUGUGUGUGCCUGUUCUUUUAAGAACCUCCUCGAUGAUUAGAAAACAUGGCAAUGGACUAUUGUGUGGAGUGACAUCAUCCGAGAAGCUCCUCUCUUUAGAAAAACACCUCACAACAAUAGAAAAGGGAUGUUAGCUUCACCGAUAUACAGACAUAGAGCUGGAUAUUAUUACAUUGGGAACUUUGUAUCGGCUGGGGAAUGGUUCCAAGACUCCCUGCCCCUUAUAUAACAUUUGUGGAUGCUCAAAUACCAUUAUAAACAACGACACUGUAAAAUGGUAAAAUGAAGGUUUGUUUUUGGAAUUUAUCAAAAAUAUUUCCAUCUAUAGAUGAUUCAAUCCAUGGGUGCAGAAUCCAUGGAUACAACGAUCGUAUUGCAUUAUAUGAAGUAAGGCCAGUUUAAUAGUCUUUAAAGUAGUUUGAUGCCACUUGCCCCCAACUCAGACAAUGUGAUGUCAAAAGGCUAAGUGACAUUCAGCGCUGCAAACAAAUUCCACUUGGAUCCUGAAAUGUCAUCCAAUUAAAGCUGUUCUGUAACCAAAAGGCCUGUGCCGUUCAACAUCCGACUGGCAAAAACAUAAAGAAAACAGGGGUGCUCUGUCUUUCUCUCUUUUCUUAGCCGUGAUAGAAGAAUCUUUAUGUUGAUGCUGUGAUCCUGUCAACAGUUAAAGUAUUCUGCAUAGCCAAUGCCUCAGAGUUAUGGAAACACCUUGUCAUUUUGCUGUGACAGUGUGUCUUUCAUUUAAGCCAUUUUUUGCCCAAACUUGAUAUGCUCCAGAAAUGUUGGGUUACAGCUCACAUCACUCUGGCCCAAAUUACUUUGAACGUGUUGGCUAAGGAUGAUAGGAGCUGCAGUUCAACACCUCUAAAUGAUGCUGGAUUCGAGAAAGCUAUUUUGGACUUAGAGUACAUUUACACUGUAGAAUUAAUAUAGUUUGAUGUGCCACGUGCUGUGGCUUGAUGCUAUGAAAUCACGGGAGUUAUAGUUUUACAAGGUCUUUCACUUUCUCUGCCAGAGGGCUUGUGCCUCACCAAACUACAUCUCCAAGGAUACCAUAGCAUUAAGCCUGGCCAGUUAAAGUGGUUUCAAACUGAAUUAAUUAUACAGUGUAGAAUCAUUUUGAAGUUGUACUCUGAUUGCUAAUCCUGCAGGCUCCAGGUCAGCAUUGCUCAUAUGGUCAUUUUUUUCAUAUCUGGAAAUAUAUUGUUGUGUUAAUUAGAAUGAUGAACUGUGAAAUAAAUUAAAAGAGAUGAAUUGA